CCGACAUAUGGCAAAAUCCCGAUAUCCGACGAUAAGCAGGGGACGUAACCUCCACGCUUGAAAAUGAAACAAAGGGAAGAAAAGUGUCAGAAGUUCAAUCAAGAAUUCCUCUCAGUAAGAUCCUGCCGCCAUCACCUGCCACUCUUAAAUUCAACUUGAUGAUGAGGGACCAAUAUCGUAGUGGAGUACCUUUCAUGGGCAUGCCAAAGGGUUGGAUAGGGUCUCCACUUGCUAUGUCAAAUGGAGCAAGACUUCCCAUUGCCCUCAACCGAACUGCACUUCCACGAUUCAGCAUCCCAAAAGUGAACAAGACACAUUUCAGUACAUCAACCGUAUUCAGACAACAGCCAACAAACACAACAGCAGCCGCAUCAGCAGCAACGGAGGCAGCCAAGACAGCAGUACGACAAAAGCCAGGGUAUCUACUCUUGAUUCCAACUUUCGUUUUUACUCAUUUUACCUUGGGAUGGGCAUUAGUUCCUCCGAUCUAUUUCACUCUUCGUCAAACAAACAUAAGUAAUGCCUUACUGGCUGGUCCACAAGGAGCUUGGUUACUAUCACGUAAAGUGCCAGAUUGGGUUCCUGAUGUGGUGAUUGAUGGUUUAGCAGGUCCUUUACCACCAGGCCAAGAGGAUCGUCAUUCUGAGAUGACUGUUGAACAAUUGGUAGAACGUAUGGCACGCAGAGGGUUGCAGAACGGAUGGAAAUAUGCUAAAUACGGAGGAAAAGCAGUUCAGAGUCUUCGAAAGCUUGCUUCGGGUGAUCAAGAAGAAAUUACACAAGAAGCUAUGCGAAAGAUUGGAGGUACAAAUGCAGACAAAGCAAAAGGAGCAAAUGAAGUGGAAGCCCGAGCAAACGGAAUUAAGGAUCGCAUUGUUGGAUACACAAAACGAUCAGCCCGUAGUGCUGCUGAUGAGAUUGACUUUGGACAAAUUAGAGAUGGUUUGGCUGCAUACAUUCUCGUCAAAAUUCUUCUUCCAAUCCGACUUCCUAUCUCUCUUUUCCUUACACCCAAAGUUGCCAGAUUUGGUAUGCAUGCAUUCCGACGAUGAUUUGCUCAACUAUGCUUCAUGUAAGAGUCAUACCCACACACCACUCUUGCCUCGGGAAG